AUGGACUUCAUGGAGUUCCCGAAGGACCGUUACGGUUACGAUAUGGUCUUCGUGACGGUUGAUCGAUUGACUCCGGUGCCGCCACGGAAGCUCACCUUGAACGAGAAGGAAGCUCAGGACUGGACGAAGCGUAUCCAGGACGUUUGGGAGUUCGCGAGAGAUAAUAUAAAGCAGGCACAGGAGCGGCAGACAACACAGGCUAAUAAGAAACGACGUCCGGUUAACUUCACCGUGGGGGAUAUGGUCUACGUCACGAAUGAAGGGUGGGAUACAGGUCGUCCUGGUCGUAAGCUCGGGCAUCAGCAGGAGGGGCCUUUCCCGGUAGUACGUCAGGUUGGCCAUGCCUUUGAGCUCGGCUUGCCGAAGGGCAUGAGAGUGCAUCCAAUAUUCGCGCCUGAAAAGCUCCGUCUUGCAGCCACGACAGAACCGCUGCAGGGGCAACUUGAGGACGAAGGACCGGAGUUGGAGGUUAAUGGCCAUUCAGAAUGGGAGGUUGAGAAAAUAUUGGCAUCGAGAAUUAUGUGGAGGAAACUACGGUAUCGUGUUGGCUGGCUUGGACGGGAUCCCGAUCCGAAGUGGUAUCCCGCUGGAUACUUGAAGAACGCACCACUCGCUUUGAAGGCUUUUCAUGACGCGAAUCCGAAGGCUCCAGGGCCGCCGGAACGGCUCCGUGAAUGGAUUGAAGCUGCAGAAGAGGACCGGUACGUACAGGACACUGAUGAGGACGACAUCCCGGUUACAGACGCUCGCGGGCAAGCGUCUGGUGAAGGGGGGGUGAUGUGA